AUGUUACUUAUCUCUGUACUAUCAUCACUCAUUCUGCUGUCAAAUAAUUCAAAAAACGAGUGCCUGUCACGCUGCAGCCCUCAUAUCACUUUACCUUGUUCGUUCCCAUCUCUUGAUCCCUGCAUGCAGCGGACAUGUAAACAAUUAUGCAAUGAAGAUAACGGUAGACCAAUGAUAGGAUGUUUCUGCAGAGGUUCUCUCGAAGGUCGAGGAAUGCGGACCUGCUUCUGUGGACCCACAAAAAACAACAAUUCGACUACAAUUAAAUUCUAA